AUAGGAUUUACGAGGCUCAGCUUGCGAGUGCCGUAGCGCUCUCGCCCGGGAGGCGGCGUUGAGGUCCAGUGCCGCGGUACGCCGCCUUCAUAGUGCUACCGCUUCCUGCCGCCCCUCGCGCUGGGGACUUCCGGGGCAGGCGGGACCCGCACCUCCCCGGCCUGGAGUCUGGGAGUUCUAGUGCUGCUGGAGAGCUUACCUAGCGUGCGCCAGACUCUAGAUUCUACCCCAACUCCGCCAAAAAAGGAAAAGCAAUAAAACCAACAAAACUAAUAAAAGAUGUAAAAUAUUAAGGGGAUUUGCUUAAGUGAUUUGAAUUUUCACGGUUCUUUGGAAGUCGACAGAGAUCUAAGCACAUGGACUGGAAAUUGGAAGGGAGUGUUCAAACAACAGAGUCACCAGAGUUGCAGGGGCAAGAAGGCAUCCUAGAGGACUUAGGUGAAGAUGGACUCUCUGAAAGCUUCCAGCUUCUGCAGAUUGAUGUGGAAUGUGACUGCCAAGACAGGGAGCCCCUCCCCACAAGCAGUACAACUUGGUGCUCGAAAAAUGUCCAGAGAAAACAGAGGCACUGGGAAAAGAUAGUUGCAGCAAAGAAGAGCAAAAGAAAACAAGAAAAAGAAAGAAGAAAAGCCAAUCGUGCAGAAAAUCCAGGCAUCUGCCCCCAGCACAGCAAACGCUUUCUGAGAUCCUUAACCAAAGAGAAACUCUUGGAGGCCAAACACUCAGGACCAAGACUGUGUAUCGAUUUGAGUAUGACCCAUCACAUGUCAAAGAAGGAAUUAAGUAGGCUGGCUGGACAGAUCCGAAGGUUGUAUGGUUCAAACAAAAAAGUGGACAGACCCUUUUGGAUCUGCCUCACUGGAUUCAUGACAGAUAGUCCCCUCUAUGAAGAAUGUUUGAGGAUGAAUGAUGGAUUUUCUAGUUACCUGCUGGACAUAACAGAAGAAGACUGCUUUAGUUUAUUUCCCCUGGAAACCCUUGUGUACUUGACUCCUGACUCAGAACAUGAUUUGAUCUCAGUGGCCUUCAUUUUCUCAUUAGCUCUUCAAGAUGUUGACUUAAACAAAGUUUACGUCCUUGGCGGACUUGUGGAUGAAAGCAUUCAGAAGAAGGUGACGUUUCAAAAGGCCAAGGAGUAUUCUGUCAAGACAGCCCGCUUGCCGAUCCAGGAAUACAUGGUCAAGCUCCAGAAUGGGAAAAAUUAUCAUUCAGAGAUAUUGGCCAUCAAUCAAGUAUUUGAUAUCCUGUCCACUUAUUUGGAGACUCACAACUGGCCUGAAGCAUUGAAGAAAGGAGUUUCUUCAGGAAAAGGCUAUGUUCUUCGGAAUUCAGUGGAAUAACGGGCAGCCUAAGAUCACAGCUGCAGGAAACAAAGUGCCUGAGGUGUCUCAACCAAAGAAAAGGGCAGAGGGUGGUAGUGGCAUACACUUGCCUUUACUUAACAUCUUGGAUCUUCAUAGUAUAAACUAAUGACAGGGACCACAUUUUAUGCUUUUGCAUUGCCCACAGUGCCUGGCUCACAGAAAGUGCCCUGAUCAAUGUUUAAAAAAAAAAAAAAAAAAAUUAUGUAACAAGGAAUUAGCUCUAAAAUUGUAUGACUUUGGAAAUGUUAAUUCAUCUUUUGUAC